AUGAGUAUUUUGUGGACAUAUCGACAGCAAUGUUCUCAUCUGAUUUUUCGACAAUUAGUUUCGAAAUUAAUUCAACCAAUAAUAGCGACCAAUGUCCAUAUAGGAGCCAGUAGAUCGCCUUAUUCCGGUACUAAAGAUGUUCAUAGAGCAAUCGUGCCCGAUGAAAAAGUUUCGUGGAAUAUAUAUUGGCCUGAUUAUAAACCAACAGAAUAUACAGCAAAAAAAGUUUUAAAAAAUCCACCGUGGGCUGACGAUCCAGACACAACUAAAAUUAAACAUUACAAUGAACUUGAUGGAAAAAUUGACCGAAGAAGUUUUAUGGGUAAAUAUGACAUUGAUCAGCAAACAAAUCGACCGAGAAAUCCUAAAGGUCGUACGGGACUAUCGGGCCGUGGUUUACUUGGUCGAUGGGGACCAAAUCAUGCCGGUGAUCCUAUUGUUACACGUUGGUCGAAAGAUCAACAAGAUAAUAAUAAAAAUAAAACUUUGGAAAUUAUACUCAUCAGUCGAAGAGAUACUGGUACUUUAGCCUUACCUGGUGGGAUGGUUGAUCCAGGUGAAUAUACAUUAGAAACAGUCAAACGAGAAUUUAUUGAAGAAGCUAUGAAUUCGAAUCCUGAUGCUACUAAGCAAAUUGAGACGUUGUUUAAAAAGACCAUUACAAUUUAUAAGGGCUACAUUGAUGAUCCAAGAAAUACAGAUAAUGCUUGGAUGGAAUCUGAAGCGAUAAAUAUGCAUGAUGAAAUAGGUGAAUUAACAAAAGAUUUAAUAUUAGAAGCAGGUAAUUAUUUAGUUUUUUUUAUAUUCGAUUUAAUUUUUUAA